AUGGCUCGGCAAUACUCCUUUGUGUUCGGGUUCUUCCUCUUUUCCCUCUGGUCGAUCCUCGGCUCAGCCGUCGACCUCUACAGGGCCGACUCCAGAGCCUUCUCGACCAUCCAAGCCUCGCAAGGCUUCCUAGCCAAGGGACAAUCCAAUAUUGGCGUCGUGUCGCCCGACACAAGUCUCUGGAACCACGUCAACGGCGCCGACAACGGUUUCAGCAAGGACGAAGACGGUUACGUCUCGACCACCUCUGACAGAAACCUCGCCCGCACCUGGGUCCGCCAGUUUCUCGGCAAUAACGGCUAUAUCUACCGCAUCCACUCCGCUCCCAACAUGAUCGACUGCCAGGCCACCCUCGGCAAGUACAACCCGUACCCCCAGGAGAAGGAGUUCGCCGCUCUCGGCGGCAUCAAGGACAACCAGAUCAUCGGCUGGACGCAGAUCAAGAACGGCGUCGAGGGCAAGGAGCAGCUUAACCCCUUCUACCGCUCCAACAUCUACGGUAACAUGGGCACCGGCGGCUCGCAGCCCAAGCUGGCCGCGUUUCCGCCCAACCAUGCCGCGUGGAGCGAGGCGCCGUGGUCCGAGUUCGCUACGUGCACCAGACGCUCUGCCAGAGAUCUAUUUAAGCGCGCCUGCUCACCGGCCAAGAGCAGCGUCGAGUACGCCAACGAGCACUUGGAGUACGUCAACGCUCUCUGCCCGGAUUGCCUUUAG